UAAUAUGCAAUUGUACAAACCUAAUAUAUAAACUUUGACAGAGAAGCACAAAUUCAUUUUGUUAAGGCUUUUCUUUUGUGCCAUCUGCCGAGUCGCUAUAUAAAAUUCAAAACCACAAGUUUUUCGUGUUCGUUGAUCGGAUCACUCAUGGCGGACGAGAUUGAACUCAAAACAGCUCCUGCUGAUUACCGUUUUCCAACUACUAAUCAAACAAGACACUGCUUCACCCGCUACAUUGAGUUUCAUAGAUGCAUUGCUGUGAAGGGUGAAGAAUCAAAUGAAUGUGAAAGAUUUGCCAAAUACUAUCGUUCGCUCUGCCCGGGUGAAUGGAUUGAAAGGUGGAAUGAGCAAAGGGAGAAUGGGACUUUCCCAGGUCCUCUUUAAUCAUUAGCAGCUUGGUUGACUCAUCUGGGGUGUGGGAAGUUUAUAUUUCUCUCUUUAUUUGCUUUUAUGCUGUUUCAUUUGCUGUCAUUGAAUCGUCCAAAUCAAUAAAGCACCAUGGAGAUUCUUUUGAGUUAAUUGAAUCUCAAUUGUUGUGUAUGGAAAGUUGCUAAAGAACUUUGGAAGCCUGACUUCUUUCUGAUGUCCUUAAUUUUAUGAUCCUGCACAGCAGUUUUCUUGUUUUA